AUGUCUCAGACUCCGAACUUGGCAGUGCAGCCUGUUGCUGUUGACUACCAGCGGCUUUUCUAUGAGCCAGUCGUUCUGGAGUAUGCUCUCCAAAUCGCCUGUCGAGGCGGUCGGGAGGUCUUCAAUGAGACUCCCAUCAUGGAGAAUGACUCUCUCACCUCCCAGAAGCAAGCGUUUCAUUGCUUCGUUGACAAGUUGGCUCAGGUCUGCGACAACGAACGUGGUGGUAAGAGGGUCACUGCGAUGGCUGUUCUAAGCAGUAGCGACCACACGAAGUUUAUUUUCGCUUCUAACGAGAGAAACGAGGAUGAGAGGGCCGAGACCCAUGACUUCCUUCACAGUCUUCUGACUCUUGUGGGCAAGAAUCCAGCUGGCCUAAAGCCAAAGCCUCUCACCAAGCAGGUGCUCUGGAAGAUCUUGCACUUCAAUAUGCUCCGCUUGAAUGACUACUUGAACAGACUCAUCAAGUAUCUCAACAAGUGCAUCGCUGAUUGCGACAGGCGGCAGUUGUCUGGUACUCUCAAAUCGGAGCUUGAGAAGCUUAGAGAGAAGGCGGAUUUCCCCCGAGAUUCGGGUGCUGUCCAAGAUAAGAUUCUGAGCGACUGCGAGAAGCUCAUCAAGGGCGUUGUUGCCAUUAAGAGCAGUCCACUUGAGGUUGCUAUCAAAGACCACGCCAAAGAUGGGUCCAUCAGUGCUUCCGAUUCUUGGUGUGAACUUCGACACUAUCUAGGACGACUAUUGUCUUUCCGACAGGCAGCCAAUGUGAUAGUCGAUGCAAACGAUCGGGAUCCGGACAUGUUGAAAUCAUUCAAGAUCACCUCGGUUCCCUCCAGCGAUCUGUUGCAAAAGCCAAUCGCCAAGUCUCGAUCCGUCACAGCAGUGUCUAUCGUCGACAAAAUGAUUCCAGAAGACGACGAGGAGAAGGAAGAUUUCAUGGAGAAGGCCCUCGAAAUGCAAAAGUUCGGGGUCAAUGAAAUCAUAUAUGCGCAAAUCAGCAAGCGGUCGUUCAAGCCGCUAGUCCAUGCCGAAAUCCUGGUUCACGACUAUCUGCUGGGAGAGGGUUUGCAGCAUCCACGAGAGUAUUGGAACAGUUGGAAGUAUAUCGGCAGCAGCAAGCCUACCUGCAAGCUCUGUCACUACUACUUUGACUUGCAUCCGGAUAGAGUGUCGGUGAGGAAGCCUCAUUUCAAUCUCUACCCCAAAUGGAGGCUCCCAGGGCUCUUCGAGAGCCAAGAUUCCGGGGCUCCCGACGCCAAAAGACUACGCUUGCUUCAGCAGAUCACUGAGAGAAUCCGAGAUGACGCAAAAACCACCUUGGAAGAGAGAAGGCCAGUAGGCAGAACCCAUGACUCACUGACUUCCACGAGUCGGCCCCUAGGUUUGGCAAGGACGGAUGAAGAUAGUGACACUAUAUCUGUCAGCGAACUCGCAAUUCAGCUUCCCACGCCCUCUGUCAGGCCUCAGAGUAACAGCGGUAGUUCACUUUCAGCUGGAGGUGACGAUGAUCAGGAGAGUACGCAAUGGGAGAAAGAAUCAGAGUUCACAGAAGAGGCCAAUGAAGGGGUGUCGGUCGUGGAUGCUUAA